UCAGGGCUACCGCGGGAAGGAUGGGGUCCUCAAGCAACCGCGCUCUCCUGCACUUGGUGGUGGUCUCUUUUACUGUUACCCAAACAGGUUCUGGCUCACAUUCGCUGCGCUAUUUCCACACUGCGGUGUCACGGCCGGGCCGUGGGGAGCCCCAGUAUAUCUCUGUGGGCUACGUGGACGACAUGCAGUUUCAGCGCUGUGAUAGCAUUGAGGAAAUUCCGAGGAUGGAGCCUCGUGCACCUUGGAUGGAGAAGGAAAGACCAGAGUACUGGAAGGAGCUGAAACUCAAGGUCAAGAACAUUGCGCAAAGUUCCAGAGCAAACCUUCGGACCCUGCUCCGCUACUACAACCAGAGUGAAGGCGGCUCUCACAUCCUGCAGUGGAUGGUUUCCUGUGAGGUAGGGCCAGACAUGCGCCUACUUGGAGCCCACUAUCAGGCUGCGUAUGAUGGCUCAGAUUACAUCACCCUGAAUGAAGACCUGAGCUCCUGGACUGCAGUGGACAUGGUGUCUCAGAUCACGAAGAGCCGUUUCGAGUCAGCUGGCACAGCAGAGUACUUCAGGGCCUAUGUGGAGGGAGAGUGCCUGGAGCUGCUCCACAGAUUCCUGCGGAAUGGCAAGGAGAUUCUUCAGCGAGCAGAUCCCCCAAAGGCACAUGUGGCCCAUCACCCUAGACCCGAAGGUGAUGCUACCUUGAGGUGCUGGGCCCUGGGCUUCUACCCUGCUGACAUCACCCUGACCUGGCAAAAGGAUGAAGAGGACCUGACCCAGGACAUGGAGCUUGUGGAGACAAGGCCUUCAGGGGAUGGGACCUUCCAGAAGUGGGCAGCUGUGGUGGUGCCUUCUGGAGAGGAGCAGAGAUACACAUGCUAUGUGCACCAUGAGGGGCUAACUGAGCCCCUUGCCCUGAAAUGGGAUCUUCUCAAUCAUCUGUUGUCAUCAUGGUCAUCGUUGCUAGUCUGGUUCUCCUGGGAGGUGUGCUCACUAUUGUUGUGGUGUGCAAGAGGAGGGGUGCAGGGGAAAGAUGAAUCAGUUAUACUCAGACUGCCAGCAGGAACAGUGAUUAAGUUCUGAUGCUUCUUUCACCAUUUAGAAAGUUGGCAUCUCAUGGUGUGUCUCCUGUCAGCACAGUGUGACAAAGUGAGAAGCCCAGGGCAUCCCUGAGGACUGAGUCUCCUCUCCAUACCCGCGUCUCCUCCCUUUCUCACCUGUACCACAGGGGGUUCCAGGACUUCUUCAUCCCUUGUGGAACUUUAGGUUUCUAUGUGCAGCUUCUUCCCUAUUGAAAAAUAAGGAUGUAGAUAUAGCUUUAUUAUUAUUAUUAUUUUUACCUUCUCGAUAAAAGCUGUACUUCAUGCUGUUAAAAGUGGAAGAUUUGUACAUUUGAAAGGAAAUAAAACAUGAAAACUCACAAACCCCAUGUGUUCAAUGUGCUCAGUCUUUGGUGGGUGGUUCAGGAGAAGGCUGGAGAGCAGAGUGUGCCUGAC